AUGCUCUUUCGUUAUCUAAUCUUACACGUCCUUUUUAUUGUGGCCGUCGCCAUCGGCCUGGAGAAGGCCACAGUUAGUCACAAGGAUCUUGACGAUGAUGAUGAAGAUGAUUCCGACAAGAAGACCCUGAGUGAUGCUGACAUCCACGACGCCAUCAUCGCCCAUAUGAGGGCCAUCCAAGCCCCCUUCGAGAAGCUCAAGAAAGCCUAUCUCGCCAACCGUGUCAACCGCGCUCGCGAGUUAGUCGAUGGCCCCGAGAUCAAAACCGACCGCAUGUCCCUCAGCCGCCGAACCGCCAACAUCCGAGAGAGACUUCGUAGUGCCCGCGAUUCUCGCCUUGCCCGCUUGGGUUAA